GGCUUGCAAUACAUCAGAAAGACUUCAAUCUUAGUCUAGGUGCCUUUUAGCAGGACAGACUACCUGUUCGGCUCGGGAGCUGCAACAUUUAAAGAACUUGCUUUGGGUAUGGUUGCCGCUGCAUAAGUGGUCGGCCGCUCUAGCGGCACGCUUUAGCCCUGAGCGGCCCUAGAGUUUAACACACAGAACAUGCCUUUCCUGGAUAAGCUCUUGAAGGAGAAGCCGAAGACACCAUGCGAGGUAGUACAAAAGCUUGUAGCAGCGUUUGAUUCAAUACCAUCUUCUCGGCGGGACGAAAGGGCGCUGGAGAAAUCGCUGGAGUCCGUGGCGAAGUACCUCGGCUUUGCUAAGCUCUUACUUUUCGGCGACGACGAGCAUGAUGCUACUAAAGAGACUGCAAUGGGUUUAGCCGUAGAGGCGAGCCGCUCGGAGCUGCUCACGCUGAUCGUCAAGCACCUGGGUGACCUGGAGUUCGAAUCCCGCAAGGACGCCGCCCAGGUGUUCGGCGCGCUGGUCCGCAUCAAAGAAAAUGAAGAAAGGGGCCCAGGAGCAGCCUACGUGCUAAACCACGUAGACAUCACGCGGCUCCUGUUUGAGGGGUACGAUGAGCCGGCAAUUGCCCUGAACUGCGGCGCGAUGCUGCGGGACUGCUUGCGGGAUGACCAAGUCGCGAGGAAGGUGAUGGAGGGGCCGGUGUUCCUGCGGUUCUUCGAGAAGGUCGUGGUGGCCAACUUUGAAAUCGCCUCGGACGCCUUCAGCACCUUCAAGGACCUGCUAACGCGGCACAAGCAGGUGGUGGCGCAGUACCUGCAGGAGCACUACCAGGAGUUCUUCGCGGCGUACAGCAUGCUGCUCAAGUCCUCCAACUACGUGGUGCGCCGCCAGUCCCUCAAGCUGCUGGGCGAGCUGCUUCUGGACCGCAGCAACGUCAAGGUGAUGCUCAAGUUCGUGUCGGACGUGCAGCACCUGAUGACCAUGAUGAUGCUGCUCAAGGACCAGAGCCGCAGCAUCCAGUUUGAGGCCUUCCACGUCUUCAAGGUGUUUGUGGCCAACCCCAACAAGCCGCAGCCCAUCGUGGACAUCCUGGCCAACAACCGCGAGAAGCUGCUCAAGUACCUGGAGGACUUCCACACGGAGAAGGAGGAGGACGAGCAGUUCAAGGAGGAGAAGGCGGUGAUCAUCAAGACGAUAUCCCUGCUGGGUACCCAGCCCCAGCAGCAGGCCCCGUCGCCUGCCGCACCGCAGCCGUCAAGCCAGGAGGCGGUGCAGGCGGAGCCCUCCGCUUGAGCUCAUCAGCUGUUGGGCACAGCGUUGGAGGCUUGCGAAGGCGUUGUUCCUCGCAAGCGCACAUGGAGUGGUGCAUAAAUGUUGGUUUAGGUGGAUGUGGACCGCAACAUAGCAGACUAUAUGUUGCCCAGUGCAAAUGUUGAAGCUAGCGCCGCAGAUGUGCUUACUGCGUUGGCGUGGCCUGAUAGGAUUGGCAUUGGGUCGCAGGAAAAAUGGCAGGGUGCGACCUCUGUACUGUGGUUCUAAGGCACGCUUCACGCUGAGAGAUUACCUUUUAGGAGUUGCAGCUGUUCUUACGACGUGUUCAUCGACUUCGGUCGCGUACGGCGCCACCUGUAGCUUGGCCUUUUGGACACUGUUUUUCCAUCGUUUUCGCCAUAACUAGAUAGUGUAAACACCUGUGACAUCUGGGUAUGGAAGGUGCCUUAAGAGCGAAAGCAUCCGCAUAGCAUUUACCCAGUAUUACAGAUAGGCUGCACAGAUAGCACAGAGGUUGUGAUCCAUUCAACAAAGAGUUUGUUCAACAAAUAGGUUUAGUUGCUAAGUUAAUAUAUAUUAGGUUACUGGGCAGGGUCUCAAGGUUUUCGCCUGUCCCGUCAGUCGUCUGUUGCAAGGACAGGCCUGUCAGCUCGUCAACAAUUGAAGUCAUUAAGGAUAACCUAGCCGAUGCAGCGGUCAGGGAGCAUGGCGCAACCAACAAAUACAUGCGAACCUGUUGGCGCAUCGCUGCGUUCCUUGUCGGAUACACAGCCCGUGUCGCGCUCUAGCAGCACUUGCCUAGGUGGCAAGUACACGUUUUUGAAGAAGAUUGAGCUAUACAAGGGCAGCGUAUCGACUGUCUACAAAUGCUUAAUGCCAGGAGGAAACCCAGUGGUUGUGAAGACCUACCACAAGGCCAAGAUGGUGGAGAAGCACUUCCACAAGCUGGAGCGGGAGGUGGCUGCCAUGCGCGCCAUGAGCCGCAAGGUUGGCAAGAAGGGCAUUGUGGAGCUGCUGGACACGUACGAGGACGCCAACGCGGUCUACCUGGUCAUGGAGUGCUGCGAGGGCGGGGACCUCUUCAAGCGGCUGAUGCUGCACGGCGGGAAGCUGCCCGAGCACUGGGUCUGCGUGCAGGUGAUUGCCCCGCUGCUGCGCGUGCUGGCCCGCAUGCACGAGCUGCACAUCAUGCACCGGGACAUCAAGCCGGAGAACCUUUUCCUCACCGCGGAGGGCGAGGUGAAGCUGGGGGACUUUGGGCUGGCAAUCGAGUGGACCCGGGAGCUGCCCUUUAGCCGCUCCGGAACCCUGGACUACAUGGCGCCAGAGGUGCUGAUGAACCCAGCCACCCACACCCAGGAGUCCUCCGCUGUCACCCCCACCGUGCUGGCCAGCAAGGGCAUCCGCCCGUACACCGCCGCGGUGGACGUGUGGGCGGUGGGCUGCCUGGCAUACGAGCUGGUGUGCGGGCGGCCGCCCUUUGAGGUGGAGGACGAGAAGCAGACGGCCAACCUCAUUAUCCACUCGAACAACAUUGCGUUCGACCCGCCUGGUACGGCAAACUGGGCGCAUUUUGUGACGGAGGCGCUGACUAAGGAUCCCCGGCGGCGGCCUGACGCCACGGAGCUGCUGGAUCAUCCCUGGAUCCGGAGCAACUUGGAGCGGGCGGAGAGGGAGGCGGCGGCUGCAGCUGCAUGCACCCGGGCGCCCGCGGCAGCUGCGCCCAUGCGGAGGGAUUCAGGGCGGCCUGCGGUGGCGGAGGUUGCGAGCAUGGGCCCGGUGGUGUACAGCACGGCGUCAGCGUCGCAGAAGACGAUGCCGGUUAGCGUUGGCGGCAGCUCGGUCGCAGCUAGUGAUUGCGGUAUUAGCUGUGGCGGCAGCAGCGUUGCGAGUGGCAGCAGCAUGGGCGGGGGAAGUUACACCAGCGGGGUCAGCACUGGCGGCAGCAGCACCAUUAGCGCCGCCAGCGCUUGCACCACCACACAGGCUUGUGCCAGCUCACCCAGCCCCAGUCCGGCCGUGCAGGCCCUGCUAACCGCUGCAACCAACCUUGCCCUACGUGUCCAAUCACAGCAACAACAGCAACAGCAGCAGCACCAUCCGGGAUCCAUGACGCCGCCUCCAGGAGGCAGCGCCUCGGCUGCCACAGCCCCAAACACUACCGCCGCCGUCUCCGUAGCAGCACCCGCCAGCGUUCCACCUCAGCAACGCGCACCCUCGCCAUCCUCGACCACCACUCGGUCUCGCGCCUCCACCCAGCAGGGCGGCAACACCGCGGCGCUCCGGAGCCUGCUGGACCAGUUCAAGUCGGCCUCCAUCAACGGCAACACCAGCGCUGCCGCCGCCGGCUCCGAGCGACGGGUGCCCUCAGCGGCCGCCGUACGAGCCCCGUCUGCCGGCAGCAUCCUAUCGAGCCCGCCGGGCGCAAGUACCGCUGCUGGUGCUGGCGCACUGUCGACUAUGGGUUGGAGGACGCCGCCCGCGUCCCCGACCCGUGAUCGCUGCUGCGCCAGCGGCGGAGCACCCCCAGCUGCUGGGGAGCUGCCCAGCCCCUCUAGCAGGGUGUCCCCGCAGAGGGCUGCACCGUCCGCGGGCCCCUGCAUGGGCUCCUCGGCUAACAGCGGCAGCGGCAACAGCGGGUCGCUGAGCCCCUCCAGGAUGCCGCGCAUUGGCGGCGUUGCAAGCACGGGAGGCAUGGCAGGGUCAGGGGCGAGCGGCAGUGGCGGCACCAGCGUGUUGUCGUCCUUCAUGCGCCCGCUGACCUCCAUCUCCACAGCUGGAGGCUGCGCGGGUAGCUUCACGUCCGCUGCUGAAGCCUCCUCCUCAUCCGCUGCUGUUCCCUCGGGCGCCUACACGUCCUCCGCCGGCAGCAAGCCGCCUAGGCCUCGCUCCGAGAGCCCGGUCCAGCUGAUCGCAGCGGCGGCCGCCGCCGUGUCUGCCUCUUCCAACACGUACGCCUCGUCCCCUCUCCGCAACACAAGCCAUCCCGCCAGCCCACCCCGCCGGCAGCCCUCCAUGAGCACGACACCGCGCAAGGACUGGGGCCAGGGCGGUCUACCUACUUCAGCCGCGCUGCAAGACCUCACUCGCAACUGGGGCGCGGUUGCCUCGGUCAAUGUGAACAAGCCAGGUGUUGUCUCCGGCACAGGUGCUGCUAGCUGUGGGGCCAACAUCAGCGCGCGUGAGGGUUCCUUCAGCAGUCCGCAGCGGCAUGCAGGUGGCCUGGGUGGUAAGGGGAUGGAUUCGUACGGCAUGCCGCCAGCUACGCCGGUGGCUUCGGCGCUGCCUCCCUCGGAGUAUUGCAGUCCCCGGCCGGUGGGGGUGCUGGAGCGGGUCAAGUGUCACCUGCGGGGCGGGGGCUCCGCGGUCCCGGUGGGAGGGGUUGCUCCGAGUGGCGGCCAGCAGGGGCAGCAGUAACGGGCGCAGACAAGGUGUCCUGAGGUCUGGAGGUGGUUAUGGGGAGGGCGGAGGGGUUGUGCACUAAGACUGCUUAAUUGUAUGGAGUAUGAUAUGAGGGCGGGUGAGCGAGCGAUUAGGGACCUGUGCGUGUGUGUUUUGCUCAGCUUGUUGUUUACGCUCCCGCCGUGGGGGGUCGCAUGCGUAGUAGUGUGCUGAUUCUUUCCUUUAGAGUGUCGUUCUUUCCUAUUCUUCUUUGUGAUUCUUACUAAUGAUAGCUUUGUGAAUUCUAGCACGUGUUUUCAACUUAGGGGCCUCUCCUGUCCUGCGGAUUGGCGGGCAGGUCAUUCAUUGCUUUUGGUGUCCAUGUUGACUAGGGAUUGAUAAAGAACGCUAGAGCUAUUAUGGCGCUAAUAUGGUGUGUGCCGCUCGUCUAACACACUGUGAUUGAUCCUGUUUGCUUUUCUCCCUUUGCCCAUACUUUUGAGCGUUGUGAACUAAUAUUCUACCAGUAUUUCAUGCACGUGUCGACAUGUGGGUGCUAACCGUUAGGGCUUUGUGCCUAGAAGGGCAUCUACGGCGUCUGCGGCGUGUUGUUGUUGCAUGCCAAGGCUCUGCGGGCUCUGCGAUGAGUCCAUGGCCUGUUUCGGGUGUUGCAUAAACCCUCCUUGUGAUGACGUUGGGAUUCAUCGCGUUGAGCCACAUGAGUGAAGCUCUAUGUAAAUUACAGGCAGCAGCUGUGA